AAUGGUUGCAUCAUUUCCGGUCUGACAACUGGCGGGAGUUCACUUCAAUACUGUGGCGUGUGAGCGGAGGCUGUUUUCAGACAGACUCCGACAACUUUUGCGUUUUAUUUCGCGGUAAUCCGGAUAAACUUCACUCACCAUGAUGGCUACACACAGAAACGGAGACUGUGGGGUAAAAGAAGACGUGUCGUCCGCGGUGGUGAACGGAGAAGCCACGGAGGCAUCGACCGGCCUCAAGCUGCAGAACGGAGCGACCGUCCGGCCGGAGAAUUUCACCUUCACCUCCGAGCCCACCUUAGAGGAUAUUCGGCGGAUGCAGGCGGAGUUCACGGACGAGCGAAACUGGCAACAGUUCCACCAGCCCCGCAACCUUCUCCUGGCCAUGGUGGGUGAGGUGGGUGAGGUGUCGGAGCUCUUCCAGUGGCGGGGGGAGGUCGCCGAGGGUCUGCCGGACUGGACCGAGUCGGAGCGGGAGCAUCUGGCACACGAACUCAGCGACGUGUUGAUCUACCUGGUGGAGCUCGCCGAGAAGUGUCACGUCGACCUUCCCCAAGCGGUGCUGCGCAAAAUGGCCCUCAACCGAAUGAAAUACCCCGCCAGCAAGGUGCAGGGUUCGGCCAAGAAGUACACAGAAUACAAGGACUAAGUUUGUUUGGGUGUUUUGUUUGGAUGCGGAUCACAAUCACGGAUACUGGUGGAGCUGCUGUUACUGAGCACCACACUGCCAGCAUGAUGAUAUUGAUGAUGAUGAUGAUGCUGCGGGACACUGACAUGUUUCCUGCUGUUGGACAUUUUAAUACUUGGUUCAAAAGGCUUUUUGUUGCACAAGCCUUUGCAUGUCUUUGUGUGCUGCACAUAUGCAAAUCCACUUAUCCCCGCAUGCAGAGCUGCAGUUGGCAGACAGGCACUUGAGUUAUGUGCAGGUUUUUACUGAGCUUCACUUUUUAAAUGCAGUUUUUCUGUGAGCCUGAGUCUUAGUUGAGGCAUUGCAAGCUGUUUGUAAAGUGGACAUUUUAUUGUUUCCAUUUUCUUUUGGGAGGCACCAGGAUGAACAUAUUUCUCCUUGAAUAUUUUUUUUAGAAAUUAAUAAGCUUUGCUGUGAACUAGCAGAGGUUUGACAAAGUGGAUGAGAAUGUAGACAGAGCUGAUUUUCCAGAUUUUCCUUACCUUACAAGGUUAAAAAAAAGAGCAACUGUUCUGAUUCUGUCUUUUGUGAUCAGGGUUAAAUGUUCUCAUCUUCUGUGUUAUUCACAACUUUUAUCUUGUUCAAAGUAAAGGUGGCUGAAAUUCU